UCGCGCACCCGCGCAGAGAGAGGGGGAGAGAGGGAGCGAGCUCGAAGGCUCGGGAGAGCAGAGCUAUGGAUCCAAUGGCGGCCACGUCCAGAGGAGCCCCGAGCGCAUUCACCCAGGCCAACGCUCUCCUUCGCAAGAAUCUCAUCUUCCAGAAGCGCAAUUUGAAGACGAACAUCGGUGUAGUUGUGUUUCCAGUCAUCCUCUGUGUGCUUCUCGUCGUUCUCCAGAAUAUGGUGAACCAUGAGCUCGAGAAGCCUAAGAAUCGGUGUGGAUGUCGCUGUGUCGGCGUGCGUGCGGAUGGGACGUGCGAGGCUGUGUGUGGGAUCGAGUAUUCCACUCUGAUUCAGGCCGCGACCUGUCCCAUCCCCAGUCCUCCGGCGUGGCCGCCUUUGCUUCAAGUCCCUCCCCCUGGGUUCCUUGCAACCAGAGGGGCCUCUACUCCAUUCGCUGAUUUGCCGGAUGAAUCUUGCAAGGCGACGCAUUCUUGCUUCGCCACUGUGCUCAUCACUGGCCUUGACCGAACGGUCGCUGAAAGUCUUUCAGGAAACUUCUUUACUGCUGUUAAUUACUCUUCAUCAAACUUCUCUGAUUUUCUGAGCUCUUUAUCUGAUUUUGUGCUGGGGACAGAUACACACCCAAAAUAUGUGAAUUUUAUCGAACCUGCUUUUGUUUCUAAUCACCCCUUAUAUGUGCUUCAACCACUUUGCAAUUCAAAUUUGUCACUCGUGGUUCCUGUUCAGCUUGGUUCUGUAACAGUGGCUCAAGAGGUGAAAUGUGUCCAAGGUUUGUCCUUGUGGCGUGAUAGUUCGUCAGCUGUGAAUUAUGAGUUGUUUAAGGGUUACCAACAAGGAAACACUGAAAAGAAGAUAAACUCAAUUGUGACAGCUUAUGAUUUCCUAAAUACCAACGUGACUAAUUUCAAUGUUAGUAUUUGGUACAAUUCUACCUAUCAUGACAGCACAGCUGUUGCCCUCAAGCCAUUGGUGCGUGUCAAACGCGCAAUAAAUCUGGUCUCCAAUGCUUACCUCCAAUGGCUGGGGGGUACUGGUGUUAAAAUGCAGUUUGACUUUGUCAAAGAAAUGCCAAAACCAGCAACACAAAUUAGGCUUGAUUUCUCUUCUCUUCUCAGUGUGCUGUUCUUUACUUGGACACUUGAGCUACUUUUUCCAAUUAUGUUGACAUACCUGGUUUAUGAGAAGCAACAUCAGUUAAAACUAAUGAUGAAAAUGCACGGACUUGGGGAAGGAGCAUACUGGACUAUAUCAUAUGCUUAUUUCCUUUCACUGUCAUUGUUUUAUAUGCUAUGCUUUGUGGCAUUUGGCUCGGUUAUUGGGCUGAAAUUCUUCACACUGAAUUAUUACAGCCUUCAGGCUGUUUUCUAUUUUGUGUUUAUCAAUUUGCAGAUUGCACUUGCCUUCUUUUUGGCAGCAUUUUUCUCAGAUGUCAAGACUGCUACAGUUAUAGGAUAUAUAUAUGUUUUUGGUUCGGGCUUAUUAGGAGCAUUCCUUCUUCAGCCUUUUAUUGAAGAUACUUCCUUCUCAAGGAAUUGGGUUCUGAUCAUGGAGAUUGUUCCUGGGUUUUCCUUAUACAGAGGGCUGUACGAAUUUUCUCAAUAUUCGUUCAUUGGAAAUUAUAUGGGUGCAUCAGGCAUGCGGUGGGCAGAUUUGAAUGACAGUGACAAUGGAAUGAAUGGCAUUUUACUCAUCAUGUCAGCAGAAUGGAUAGUUCUGCUUCUGGUUGCUUACCAUUUUGAUCAGGUUGCCUCAUUAGGUGUUAGGAUUAGAAAAGAUCCAUUAUUUUUCUUGCAACAUUAUUGGAUGCCUUCAACUUCACAUCUGAAGCCAAGUCUGCAACCGGAAACAUCGAAAUUUUAUGUUGCAAUGGAGAGAUCUGAUGUUUCUCAAGAAAGAGUGCGAGUUAAGAGGCUACUACAAGAACCUACUGCACAUGCCAUCAUCUGUGAUAACCUUAUUAAAGUGUACCGUGGAAGGGAUGGGAAUCCAGAUAAAUUUGCUGUUCGAGGAUUAUCUCUUGCUUUGCCUCGUGGUGAAUGUUUUGGCAUGUUAGGUCCUAAUGGCGCAGGCAAAACUUCUUUCAUCAACAUGAUGAUUGGGCUUACAAAUCCGACCUCAGGCACUGCAUACGUUCAAGGAUUGGACAUUCGAUGGAACAUGGGUAAAAUAUACACUAGUAUUGGCGUGUGUCCUCAGCAGGACUUGCUGUGGGAAACACUAACAGGCAGGGAGCAUCUUAUGUUUUAUGGUCGUUUGAAAAAUCUAGAAGGAGAUGCACUGAUGCAGGCAGUAGAGAAAUCCUUGAAAAGUGUAAACCUAUUUUAUGGUGGUGUUGCUGAUAAGCAAGCUAGGAAAUACAGUGGUGGUAUGAAGAGGAGACUUAGUGUUGCUAUUUCACUUAUUGGUGAUCCUCAAGUUGUCUACAUGGAUGAACCAAGUACUGGACUGGAUCCAGCAUCAAGAAACAACUUAUGGAAUGUCAUCAAGCAUGCGAAACAAGGGCGGGCAAUUCUACUCACUACGCACUCAAUGGAGGAGGCAGAGUUUCUAUGUGACCGAUUGGGUAUCUUUGUUGAUGGAAGUUUGCAGUGCAUCGGAAACCCAAGAGAGUUAAAAGCUCGAUAUGGCGGUUCAUACAUUUUCACAAUGACAACAUCGGCAGAAGAAGAGAAAGAAGUCGAAAGCUUAGUUCGACAGCUCUCUCCAAGCGCAAUUAAAAUUUAUCAUAUACCUGGAACCCAGAAGUUCGAACUGCCAAAGCAAGAGGUCAGAAUAGCCGAUGUUUUUCAGGCUGUUGACAAGGCGAAGAAGAGGUUAUCUAUAUAUGCCUGGGGUUUGGCUGACACAACGUUGGAGGAUGUAUUCAUUAAGGUUGCAAGAGGAGAAGAAUCCUUCACUGUGCUUUCCUGAUUCUUGGACAUGCAUUCUUUUACAGGUUGCGUUGCACUGGAGACCGGGGGGAUGUUUGGCUCCUGCCGCUGAGAACAUUCAGGGUGAUGUUGAGGGAUCAAUCAUACACACAAAAAAAAAAUCAUAGAAAAUAAAAUUAAUAGGUAAAUGGAAAAAAAAAUGUAAAAUAA